GUUCACAAACAUGGCGGGUGUGAGGUGGCUGAUACUUACUGCGGCUGUGUCAGGGUGGUGGAUUCAACUCAUGCUGGGUACCCCCUGCCAAGGAGGAAGAUUUGGAGACAUGUGUAGCUACUCUUGUCACUGUACUCCACACUGUAACCAGACAACUGGAAUCUGCAACGGUACAUGUGAUCCUGGAUGGUUUGGUGGGAAUGGGCAAACCUGUCAGAGAGGGAACGUUGCCUACAACAAGACGGCAACUUCGUCCGCAACUGACUACGCAAGUAGAGGCUGGACUGCAGACAAAGCCGUAGAUGGGAACCGGGACCAGGAUGUGUUCCACAACUCCUGUUUUCACUCUCAUUCCAAAGUCCCUCAAGCUAAUUGGACAGUGCACCUGGGACAACUGUACAGGAUACAUGACAUCAGGAUAUACCACAGGACACAUUAUAUUGAGUUGAUCAGGACUGCUGUACUCUCCCUGAGUAACUCCAGCAGCUCCACACCCGGCGUCACCUGCUACACCUUCCCCAUUGACACAGUCGAAACAAGCAAAAGCGUGUACGACGUGACGUGUGACGGCACAGGGAGAUACUUCACAAUCAGGCACAGCACACUGCUAAAUCUGUGUGAGGUGGAGAUUUAUGUGUGCUCCAUUGGAAGCUAUGGACAGAAUUGCAGCUCUUGUACUGACAGGAAGUGUGCCGGAGACUCGCCAUGUGAUCAAGCACGAGGGACGUGUGUUUCCGGGUGUGAGCCAGGGUGGAUGAGUGAAGACUGCACAGAAGCAUGCUCAAGUGGAAGCUAUGGACAGAACUGCAGCAACUAUUGUACUGACAGGAAGUGUGCAGGAGACUCGCCUUGUGAUCACAUUAGAGGGACAUGUGUUUCCGGGUGUGAGCCAGGGUGGAUUGGUGAAGACUGCAGUGAAGCUUGUGAUGUAGAACAUUACGGAGCUAACUGUAAGGAGGCCUGUGCAUCCAGACACUGUGAGGGGAACUCUUCCUGUAACUCAACAGGGCACUGUGACACUGGGUGUGAGACGGGGUGGACAGGAGCGGACUGUACAGCUUCUACAUCCCCGGCUGUGCCUGUCGCGGCAGUUGGUGGUGCUGUGGCCGGCCUUGUCCUGUUGGUCCUGGUGCUGGUCCUCCUCAUCAUCAUCAGGAGGAGAAGAAACAGAGGGAAUAGGUCUCCUCAUGGACCAGUAUUUGGUGAGACGUCCCCUAGGAAUAGAAAGCUCCAAGGAACUGGUGACGUUUACAUGAAUGUUGGUUUUGAGGAGAAUGAAUCCGUGCUCAAGAAAAAACAAACUCUGACUAUUGUUGACAAAGAUCACGGCCAUCCAGAGCAUCCUCAGGAAGUUGAUUCCCAGAGUGUGGCCAACCAAGAGGAAGAAGACUACGACGCCCAUGUUGACAUACAUCCGAAGGGAGAAGCAGCACCGGGUGUCUCAGGAUGUAGCUAUUACAACCUGGGCGACCUUGGUCACGUGAUUCCAUUGUCUUAUCUGGAGGCAAGAGUACGUGAAAUUGAAAAUCAUCCCCAAGAGGCAUUCGAGCGCUUGCCGGGCGGAUUUACCCACAGCUACGGAGAAUCUCAGAAGGCAGGGAACAAAGGGAAGAACAGAUUCAAGGGAUACUAUCCAUAUGACUACAACCGUGUGGUGUUGCACGACGACAGUGACGGCUGCAGAGGCGACUACAUCAACGCCAGCUACCUAGAUGGAUAUAAAACUGACAAUCGAUACAUUGCAGCACAAGGUCCCUACAAGUCGAACAUUAUCGAGGAUUUCUGGAGGAUGAUUUGGCAAGAAGGGUGCACUUCUAUUGUCAUGGUAACAGGGUUGGUGGAAGCCGGCAAGAAGAAGUGCCUGCAGUAUUGGCCUUCGGAGAAAGGACGGGAGAAGUUUGGUGAUGUUAUGGUUACAGUGGAAACAGAGACACGACUAGCCAACUACACCAUCACCAAGUUGGCUGUUGAGAAUGAAAAGGAAAGCGAGAAACGGGAUAUCUACCACCUUCACUUCACCAGCUGGCCAGAUCAUGGUGUGCCGGACACUGCUGCCCUGCUGGACUUCAUGUGGAGGGUCAAGGUCAUAUCUGGACAACAAACAGAGCCGAUCAUAGUCCACUGCAGUGCUGGUAUAGGUCGCACAGGGACGUACAUCGCUAUUGAGAGUCUUGUGGAGCAGGCAGUGUCAGAGGGCGUUGUGGACGUCGUCAGCUUCGUCUCCAACAUGAGAGGGCAGAGGAAGAACAUGAUUCAGACAAAGGAGCAGUACCUGUUCGUGUACCAGGCGGUGGCGAGGGCGGUGACAGAGGGUGACACGUCAUUGGAUUGUGACCUUAUCAGAGAGAUGAACCUGGAUCACGUGUCAGACUUUGCUAUUGGAAAUAGGACUGUUCAACAACAUAUCAAGGCAGGGGUUGAAUGUUACAUCAAUUGUGUUAAUCCUCAAAUGUUGCAAUAACAAAUAACAUAUCAU